AUGGGGAAUCGGGUUGAGGACUUCAUUGCACUUGUGACGCUCCUGGUGGUGGUUGUGCUGGUGGGUACUGUGGGCAGGCUAUGGAUUCUUCGACACCGGCCCAGGACGUUUGCAGUCAAUUUAAGUGACUGUGCGUUCCUGUUGUUCUCUGUGCUCAUGAUGGGGGCGGCCGGAAUGGCCUACGACGGUGUGGACAAGGAGUUGAAGAUUCAGAGGGCAUAUGGCGUGGAGGGAAUCGAGAAGAGGCUGUUGACGCCGAAGUAUCUCAAGGAGUUUUUCGUGAUUUCGCUGUUCUGCACGACGCAGGUGUGGCUGCUCAAGGCAGCAUUUUUGGGGUAUUAUUGGAGUCUAAGGGAAACUUUGAGCGGGAAGGUGCGGUUACUGCUCUAUGUGGUUUCGGUGUAUGCUGCUGUGACAUAUAUGGGCGUCAUAUCGUUACAAUUGGGCUACUGCAGGCCUAUGUCACGAAAUUGGUCGACGGGGUCGGAUCAGUGCAUCUCAGUACAGACAGUUCCGGGGAUGGUUGCGCAGCAGGGUACAAACAUCUCCAGCGACAUCUUGAUCUUGCUCAUCCCCCUCCUCACAAUCGGCUCCUUCCGGUCAAGCUACGGCCUCACGCGCAAAGACCUGUACGCCCUCGCCUUCGUCUUUGGCGUCGGCAUCGUCUCGAUCAUAGCCUCAGUGGUGCGCUUCACGCAGGUUUACAAUGUCGUGGUACACUCGGACAGCUCGCUGCUCGCCAUUCGCCAGACAAUCGUGUGGGCGCUCGUUGAGAAGCUGUUUGCCUUUACGGCUUUCUGUCUGCCGUGUUUGAGGGUGUUUUAUAGGAAGAGGCAUAGCGCGGCAUAUAUGGAUAAGGAGAGCUCAGGGUCACAAGUCACGUCGAUUUCAAGUAAAUGGUCGAGGUCGGGGUCGGAAUUGUAG